UCAAACCCAAGAGCAUAGUCGCGUAUUUCACGAGCAUCCACUUAUUGAUUUUACUCAAUAGUCCAAUAAAUAAUUAUUGCUUUGAAAUAACAAUUUACUAAAAUAUUUUAAAAAUUUUAAGAAAUUAUAAUGAAUUUGAUAAAAUAUAUUAUUUUGUGUUCAUUAUAUGUGCACGUCAUUGUGUGCGACAAAAUUAAAAUUCUUGGAUCUUCAAAAUUAAGCAACCGUUCGAUUUCUCACACACAUACGUUACAAUUACUGGAGUUAUGUUUUCCUGAUCGAAUGAACCCGGUGGCGGUCAGUUCUAAUUUGACGGAUAUCAUUUACGGAAUCAAGAAAAAUAAACAAACAAACUCGUCUGUUCUUGUAAUUGAUGAAAAUUUAUUUAUAUCAAAUAGAAGAUCAUUCAUGGAAGGAACGAAAACAUUCAUUGGACAUAAUUCGUAUCCGAGCUAUAUUUUGUCUGCUGAUUCUCUCGAUGUACUUGAAAAUAUUCUCACCGACAUCGAUCAGUGGGAUCCUUGGAACAGCGAGCGGGUCGUCUUCGCAGUUGGAAAACAGUGCAGCGAUGCAUUGGCGACACUUAAAUGUCUGUGGAGCUCUAGAAUGGUGUCAUCAUACUUCACAUGUCCGAACGGAUUCAACAACGAUACGAUUGUCUACACAUUUAAUCCGUACGCAGAUCGAGCACCCAAACCAUGGAGGAAAGUUAACGCACCGGACAAACCACCCGACCCAUGGACACUCUACAGAAUGUCAUUCGUAAACGAUAAAAAGACUUGUGCAAGUGUUAAUUUUGACAAAACUGCGUAUAUAGAUAACUACAAACUUCAAAUGUGGUACAAUUAUAUAGCGUUUAAUAGAACGAACUUAUUUUAUCAGGUGAUAUUAUCAGCCAUCAAUAUUACGCCUAUUGAUUACGUAAUAUUUCGAAAAACAUAUGAUACCAUAUUCGUGACCGAUCCCCAGAACAUCAAUGAGGUGUCGUAUAGGGACGAAAAUAUAAUUCCUUUCUAUCUGCAAGGCGGUUACAUAAUAAUAACUCAAAAGCAAAACACCAUACCGACUCUCAGCCAAGUAGUUGCUGAUUUCUUCACUUCUCAAAAUAUAAUAAUGUCGUCUGUUAUUUUGGUAUUAAUAUUUGGUAUGAUUCUGCUGAACAACAAGUACCAUUUCGGUGCAGCUGUCUUAGAUCUCUUGGCUCUGAUAUUAAACAUGAGGAUGAUGACCCCCAUCGACAAGUUGACGAUGCGCAUCACUUUCCUGAGCGCGACCCUGUUUAUUUUGAUUUUCAAUCCAGUGCUGCAAGGGCAGCUAGUUUCUGUUUUAACUCGCCCGGGCCAUAAAAAUAUUGAAACCCUCAAGGAUUUGCGGGACAACAACUACCACAUUUAUUUUGGUUAUUCACCGGAGAUUGACCGGGAAUUAAGGAGCAGUAAUCUAUGGGAAGACGAAUCUUUUGAAAAAUAUGUGCAUCACUUAAGUGAGGCUGAAUAUCCUCACUGCCUAGAAAAUGUGCGGAACAAUGCUUCCAUUGCUUGUAUUAUUGAUUAUAGUGAACUUGACCACAUUUAUCUUGACACACACGUUUCUUCGAAAGAUUUCGCUCGUAGAUUAAACGUGUUUACGACUAAUAGAAAUUGGGCGUUAAAUAAAAGAGUUAAAAAGAUAGCCCUAAAAUUGAUGGAAACUGGCUUUCUAAAUUAUUUUGAAAAACGCGAUCUUUAUAUAAAUUUUAUGAAAAAGAGAAAAAUUGUUGAAAGAAUUAAGAAGUUGACAAAAUACAACCAAUUGGAUCUUGAAGAUUCUGCUUUGGCUUAUAUUGCGAUUGCGCUGUCUACAGUCUGGGCCCUCAUCGUUUUCGGCACUGAAUUUAUGAUUAGAAGAAUCGAAUUGCAUUCUUAUAAACGUUCGCAAGAGCUCGAGAUGAAGAAGUCGAUAAUCAGGGAGAGAAUUGCGACUACCGUUAGCAGAAUAAUUUAUCUUGAUCAACAAGUCUAAUUUUCUGCAAACUAUCGCGUGAGUUGGUGUGCUCACAUUUAUUUUUAUUGAUUGACGUGCUGUGUUGUUUUUAGUUUAUUCUAAUCUCUGAUUUCAU